CAUAACCCCAAAUCAUUUACUGUCAUACCUUUUAGGUUAAGUUAAUGUUUUUGCCAUUGUUUUUAUACUAAUUUAAAAAUUUAGGUUACAAGAAAUUGUCGAAAUUAUUAAAUUAUGUCGGGAGGAAGUGUAAACAUAUGCAGCGUAACUCCGGAAGUUAAGCAAGCAUUAAAGGAAUUUAGAUUCAGAAAAUCUAAUGACACAGCAGCCUUAGUCCUUAAAGUUGAUAGGGAAAAGCAAGAAAUUAUUAUAGAUGAAAAAAUUGAGGACAUUUCUGUUGAUCAGUUACAGGAAACUUUACCUAGCCACCAACCUCGUUAUAUUAUCCUAUCAUAUAGACAAGAACAUAAAGACGGAAGAGUUUCUUACCCUUUGUGUUUCAUUUUUUUUACACCAAGAGAUAGUCACGCAGAAUUGCAGAUGAUGUAUGCGGGAUCAAAACUAGCCUUACAACAAGAAUCUGAACUCACUAGAGGAUAUGAAAUUAGAGAGUUGGAAGAUUUAACAGAAGAAUGGUUGUUGGAAAAAUUGGGAAAUUAAUAGGUAGGCCUAUUAUUCACUAUUUAAAAAGUUUUUAUUUGAACAUUACAUAUA